UACAUAUGCGUCUCUGGGACGUCGAGGAUUACCCAAUCCCUCAAGAUUUCGAACCUCGUUUGAUUUUUAAGAAUAUCAACUCAGCUCUUUCGAAACUGGGUUUUGGUGGUUCGUUUUUGGGAAUCGAGGCUUAUGGUAUGAAGGAGAUCCCCGAAGCCUUAUCUGAAGAAUUGAUCGAAGACGGAAUGAUCAUGUACAAUGUUAACCCCAAAGGUUCAGUUAAUUUAAUGAUACGGGACAUUACGAACAUAGAAUCUAACUAUUCUGAUAAGCCACACAAUUUGAUGGUAAUCUCCAAAAAAAUCCCUGAAGACAAUGAGUCCAUGAGGGUUCUUUCGGCUUUGAAAUCCAGAGGUCGCAAUGUUCUGUUGGUACAGCCUGACGAUGAGACCGCAUCAGAAAAGCUAUUUCUUACUCCAGAGUCCAUAUCUGACUGUACAAGAUAUUUAAAUGGAGAAAAGCGUAUAGACGAAAUUGUUGACUAUACUUCUUCUUGUACUAGCUGGGAAACUGAUACUGAUACUGAUACUGAGAAAGAGGAGGAGUCCAAUGUUCUCUUGGUACAGCCUCAUGGUGAGGCCGCAUCAUCAGAAAAGCUGUUUCAUACUUCAAGCUCAGUAUCUGAUUGUACAAACCUAUUAGAUGGAGGAAGUAUUAUGGACCAAAGCGUAAGCUCACAAGGUGUUGACAAUAUCACUACGUGAUCUAUUUUUAUUUUUAUUUGUUUAUGCAUGCCUUAUCCGGUUUGCAAAGAUGACGUUCUCGGAUCGGAUGACUUAGUGGAUGAAUAUCGGAAAGCCAAAAUUUACUUUCUUCCCGGAGGUGAAUUCUCUCAACUCUUUGUCUCUCUUACAUAUAUGUAUAUGUAAUCUCUUUCUCCGAUCAUGCAUGUAUAUUUUAUUAUUUUUACAGGUGAUAAGAAUGCGAGAUUUUAUAGGAUGAUACAUGACAUUCAAUUGUGGAAAAUAGAUACAUUACCUCUGAGGUAUCCUACAGAAUCAACUGUGAUCGUCAUCUCAAACAACAUCCCAGGUGACAUUGACUUCAUCGAAUGUCUUAAUUGUUCAGCUUCGAGAGGUUACAAUAACCUCUUAGUACAGCCUAAUGAGGCUGCACCCGAAAAACCAGAGACCUCAGAAUAAGUAUCUUGG